AUGGCGCUCGCGCGAACCGUCCCGCUCCCGCAGCUCGCUUCGGCCUCGCCCCUCCGCGGACACCGCCGCUGCCGCCUCCUCCUCCUCCCCGCAAUGCCGCAGGCGCGCGGGGUCGCCUGCCGCGCCGCGACGACGACGCCGGCGGCGGUGGCGUCGGUGGGCGUCGGGGAGGACCUGCCCGAGGGGUACGAGCAGAUGAUGCCGACCGUGGAGGCGUCCCAGCGGCGCCGCGCGGGGGUUCUGCUGCACCCGACGUCGCUCCGCGGCCCGCACGGCAUCGGCGACCUCGGCGACGAGGCCCUCGCGUUCCUCGACUGGCUCCACGGCGCCGGGUGCACGCUCUGGCAGGUUCUUCCACUUGUUCCCCCGGGAAGAAAAUCCGGGGAGGAUGGUUCUCCUUAUUCAGGACAGGAUGCAAACUGUGGUAGUACCUUAUUGAUUUCUCUCGAAGAGCUUGUUAAAGAUGGGCUGUUGAUGGAAGACGAACUUCCUGAUCCUUUAGAUAUGGAAUAUGUUGAAUUUGACACCGUUGCUAAUCUGAAAGAACCUCUUAUUGCCAAGGCAGCAGAGAGGCUACUACAGAGCCCUGGAGAGCUCAGAAGGCAGUAUGACGAAUUCAAGAAAAAUCCAGAUGUUUCAGGUUGGCUUGAAGAUGCUGCACUUUUCGCUGCUAUCGACAAUAGCAUCAAUGCAGUGUCCUGGUCUGAGUGGCCUGAACCGCUGAAAGAUCGCCAUCCUGGAGCCUUGAAAGAUAUAUAUGAAAACCAGAAGGACUUUAUAGAAAAUUUUAUGGCACAACAGUUCUUAUUUGAAAAGCAAUGGAAACGGGUUCGUUCACAUGCACAGAAGCUUGGCAUCAGCAUAAUGGGUGACAUGCCAAUAUAUGUUGGCUACCACAGCGCAGAUGUUUGGGCAAACAGGAAAUCAUUUUUGCUGGACAAGAAUGGUUUCCCCACAUUUGUUAGUGGUGUUCCACCUGAUGCGUUCAGUAAAACUGGUCAGUUAUGGAACAGCCCAUUGUAUGACUGGAAAUCUAUGGAAGCAGAUGGCUUUGCAUGGUGGGUAAAGAGGAUUAAACGUGCCCUUGAUUUGUAUGAUGAGUUCCGUAUUGACCAUUUCCGCGGGCUUGCUGGUUUUUGGGCAGUUCCUUCGGGAUCAGAAGUAGCGAUGUUUGGAAGCUGGAGGGCUGGACCAAGGAAUGCCUUUUUUGAUGCGCUUUUCAAAGCUGUUGGUAGAAUAAAUAUAAUCGCAGAAGACCUGGGGGUGAUAACUGAAGAUGUUGUUGAGUUAAGGAAGUCUAUUGGGGCUCCGGGGAUGGCAGUUCUUCAGUUCGCUUUUGGUGGUGGUCCUGGCAACCCCCACUUACCUCAUAACCAUGAAUUGAAUCAAGUUGUAUACACUGGGACACAUGAUAAUGAUACAGCUGUUGGCUGGUGGCAAAGCUUACCAGAGGAAGAGAAGCAAACUGUGUUCAAGUAUCUACCGCAGGUCAGCAACUCGGAUGUCUCUUGGGCGCUAAUUGCUACUGCCCUCUCUUCCGUUGCGAGGACUUCCAUGGUAACCAUGCAGGACAUACUCAGCCUUGGCAGCUCUGCUAGGAUGAACACUCCAGCUACACAGAAAGGAAAUUGGAAAUGGAGGAUACCAAGCUGUGUCAGCUUCGACAGCCUUAGCCUCGAAGAAGCAAAGCUGAAGGAGUUGCUUACGCUGUACGGCCGGCUGUGA